UUACAGCCAACUUUCACGCCGCUCGGAGUGCACCAGACAGAGAUGUGUUCAGCCGGACCAGCUGACCCUUUGUGAGGGUUAAAGUUACUUAAAACAAUUAAAAAAACAUUUUGAUUUAGCAUUUACAGCUCUUGUCGUGUCGUCAAAAUGAUGCGCUUCCUGCUCCUCUUCAGUCGCCAGGGGAAGCUGCGUCUGCAGAAGUGGUUCACGCCCAUGUCCGAACGUGAGAAGAAGAAGAUCAUCAGGGACAUGACCACAAUGGUGUUGGCACGGCAACCGCGCUCCUGUAACUUCCUGCACUGGAAAGACCUGAAGGUUAUUUACAAGAGGUAUGCAAGCUUGUAUUUCUGCUUGGCCAUCGAGAACCAGGAGAAUGAGCUGAUCGCCCUGGAGGUUAUUCAUCGCUACGUGGAGCUGCUGGACAAAUACUUUGGCAAUGUGUGUGAGCUGGACAUAAUCUUUAACUUUGAGAAGGCCUAUUUUAUCCUGGAUGAGUUUCUAAUUGGAGGGGAAAUACAAGAAACCUCCAAACAAAUGGUGAACCGCUCCAUUGAAGCCUCAGACAUGUUACAGGAGGAUGACAUCAGUGAGUGGUAUGAGGUGGAGCUGUUUGGAUGACCUUGAAUAUGGACAGAAAGACCAUGGAGGAGUAUAUGAGCAAGCCUGCUUUUUAACCUGGGACGUAAAGGACACAAAGGCACCGCCGGGAGGAACCCAAUGUACUGCAUAUGAGUCAAAGACGUUUCUGAUAUGGAAUUUUCUUUGAUUCUAUUGAACAUUUUCAAAAGAUGAAACAGGCCUUCUUCAUGUCUUCUCACCUUCUGCUUGAAGCUUCACUACAUUGUAGCUACAUUUGAGAGUAUGUUUAAUAUUUUUUCAGUCAUUCGCUUAAUUGAAGGAAGCCGAAAAGUCGUGAUUGCCUUGCAAUGUAAAUGAAUUAGGAAUCUGAUUUUGGGGUGUAUUAUGGGUUCAUAAAUUUGUUGUGUUUUGUAUUUAAAUCAUGUAUUAAUAUAUUGUAACAAAUGAUUUUAUUCCAAAAACACUAAUGCUAGUCUGCAACUUAGUUAAUAUUUCAACAAUAUUUGGACCAAUUUGAGUGAGACUAAUAAUGACAACUGUUUUUAAGCUGUGUAGCUUCCUUAACACGUCUUUGCUAUUGAGGGUAUGAAUAGCAUUAUUAUUUAUCAUGUCCAAUUCAUGAAGUUAUGAUUAAAAUUUGUAUUUUGAUACCGUU